CUCGGGUCCUUCCUAGCAGCGCCGACCCGCAGAACCAGCAGCAGCAAAGCUGGCGCCCAGCUCUGCGCAGACAGCUGCAUGUCAAGCCAGCACCCCGAGCCUCUUCCUCGCCGGGUAAAGAGAAGCUUGUUUCUUCCAAGACGAAACGCCACUGAAAAGGGGCCAGUCGCUGCUUAGCUCCACCUCCGCUUCUCUACCGGAUCACAUGAGACGUCUCCCAGACCGGAUCUAGGCUUUUCAGGCGCUUCAGUGGAUUUGCGGGCGACGUUGCGAGUGUGGCUUGCCAAGAUGUCUGGGAUGAAGAGCUGAGCAGCAUCCCCUUGGGAAGGGGUCGUUUUGGUGGCUUUGAUUAUCGGGAGGAAGUUGUGAUCCUGAGGUUUCCUUGUCUGCGUGCCUGGAAUAGAAUCCAAUAAUCUUCUUUUAUCAGUAUGGACGUGUAUGUCUGGGAGCCUUUCUGACUUGCAUUGUUAGUGACCACCUGAGAUGACAUUCCCCUUCAGCUGCCUCCAUGACUGAUGUGCCUGCAAGGGGGUGAGACCAUGGCUGGAUCUCAAGUGAAUCGGUCUGAACUAUUGUAAGUCCAGCCAUGGCAGAGAGAAGCCACGAGUGUCGGGAGCAAUGCUGGAGAAUAAUCAAGAAGAGGCUGCCAGUGCUAAGGUGGCUUCCCAAAUAUUCUCUGCAAUGGCUGCAGCUUGAUCUCAUUGCUGGACUGACGGUGGGAUUGACUGUUGUGCCACAAGCUCUUGCCUAUGCUGUAGUGGCUGGCCUCCCAGUGCAGUAUGGCCUUUAUUCCUCCUUUAUGGGCUGCUUCAUCUAUUGCCUUUUGGGGACCUCAAAAGAUGUAACACUGGGCCCUACAGCUAUCAUGUCGUUGCUGGUCUCGUCCUACGCAUUCCAUGACCCUGCCUAUGCCGUCCUGCUUACCUUCCUCUCAGGCUGCAUCCAGUUAGCUAUGGGGCUACUGCAUCUUGGUUUCCUCCUGGACUUUAUCUCCUGUCCUGUCAUCAAAGGCUUUACUUCAGCUGCUGCAGUCACCAUUGGCUUCAAUCAGGUCAAGACACUCCUAGGCCUGCAGAAUAUCCCACGGCAGUUUAUCCUCCAGGUGUAUUACACCUUCUGCAGUAUUGGGGAGACAAGGGCUGGGGAUGCUGUUCUUGGGCUUUUGUGCUUGAUCACCCUUACAGUGCUGCAACAAAUGAAAAACAGCAUCCCUAGAGCCUACUGGAUGGAAAGGCUGUCUGUCAGGAUCAGCUGGCUAGUUGUCUGGACAACAGCUACAGUCCGUAAUGCUCUUGUGGUCCUGUUUGCUGGUCUCAUGGCCUACUCAUUCCAAGUGAUUGGCUACCAGCCAUUUACCCUCACAGGGACUACACCCCAGGGACUUCCACCCUUCCAGCUACCUCCAUUCUCCAAGGUCACACCCAAUGGGACUGUCUCUUUUGGAGUGAUGGUACAGAAAAUGGGAGCUGGUUUGGCUGUGGUGCCACUCAUGGGACUGCUGGAGACUGUUGCUAUUGCAAAAGCAUUUGCCUCUAAAAAUGUCUACCAAAUUGACCCCAAUCAGGAGCUGUUGGCCAUGGGUUUCACCAACCUCCUAGGAUCCUUUGUCUCAUCCUAUCCUGUCACAGGUAGCUUUGGCCGGACAGCAGUGAAUGCUCAGACUGGUGUGUGCACUCCUGCUGGGGGACUAAUCACAGGGGCCCUGGUGUUACUGUCUCUAGCCUACCUUACCUCUGCCUUUUACUACAUUCCCAAGGCUGCACUGGCAGCAGUCAUCAUCUGUGCUGUAGCUCCUAUGUUUGAUGCCAAGAUCUUCUACACAUUAUGGCAGGUUAAAAGGCUGGACCUGGUGCCCCUGUGCGUGACAUUCUUCUUCUGCCUCUGGGAGAUACAGUAUGGAAUCAUAGCAGGGGUGCUGGUCUCGGGGAUUCUCCUGCUCUACCCCAUUGCCAGGCCACGGAUAAAGGUCUUGGAGCAUGAGACAGUGUACAUACAACCAGCCAGUAGUCUGUAUUUCCCUGCCAUUGAGUGCCUUCGGGAUAUUGUGCACAAACGGACUCUGUCAGAGUCUCAACUGCGCAAUGUCAUUCUGGAUUGUAGUCAUGUCAGCAACAUUGAUUACACAGUGGUCUUGGGCCUGUCAGACUUGCUCCGGGAAUUCCAGCAUAGGAGACUCUCUCUAGUCUUUGUCUGCUUGCAGGCUCAUGUACUCCAAGUCUUGCUGGCUGCUGAUCUGGAAGGAUUCUAUCAUUUCCCUAGCCUGAAGGAUGCAGAGGAGUGUCUUGAAGAAGAACUGUGUGGUGCCAGUGAAGCCUUGUUUGAUGGCAGUGACAGCCUGCUGCCAACAUCUGGGAUCAUCCAGUGAGGAUGCAGAA